CCCCCUUCCCGUCCCUCCUCUGGCAGCCACAGCCUCCGCCGGGCUGAGGAGUCGGGAGUCCGCGGCGCUGCCUUGGGGCUGCGGGAUGGGGACUUAGCGCCACGGCGGCGGCGGCGGAGCUGGGCAGGUGGAUGCGGCUGGAAGAUGGCGCCCUCGGGCCCGGGCAGCGUCAGGCGGCGGUGCCGACGGGUGCUGUACUGGAUCCCGGUGGUGUUCAUCAGUCUCCUGCUCGGUUGGUCCUACUACGCCUACGCCAUCCAGCUGUGCAUCGUGUCCAUGGAAAACAUUGGAGAACAAGUUGUGUGCCUGAUUGCUUAUCAUCUACUUUUUGCAAUGUUUGUCUGGUCGUAUUGGAAAACUAUCUUUACAUUACCAAUGAAUCCUUCAAAAGAAUUCCAUCUCUCUUAUGCAGAGAAAGAAUUGCUGGAGAGAGAGCCAAGGGGAGAAGCCCAUCAGGAAGUUCUUAGGCGAGCAGCCAAAGAUCUUCCCAUCUAUACCAGGACCAUGUCUGGAGCAAUCCGUUAUUGUGACAGAUGCCAACUUAUAAAACCAGACCGCUGCCAUCACUGUUCCGUCUGCGAUAAAUGUAUUUUGAAGAUGGAUCAUCAUUGCCCAUGGGUGAACAACUGUGUCGGAUUUUCAAAUUAUAAAUUUUUCCUCCUUUUCUUGGCUUAUUCUCUGCUGUACUGCCUUUUUAUUGCUGCUACAGACUUACAGUAUUUUAUCAAAUUUUGGACAAAUGGUCUACCUGAUACUCAAGCCAAGUUCCAUAUUAUGUUUUUAUUCUUUGCUGCAGCUAUGUUUUCUGUCAGCUUGUCUUCUCUGUUUGGCUAUCAUUGUUGGCUAGUCAGCAAAAAUAAAUCUACAUUAGAGGCAUUUAGAAGUCCAGUAUUUCGACACGGAACAGAUAAGAAUGGAUUCAGCUUGGGUUUCAGUAAAAACAUGCGACAAGUUUUUGGUGAUGAGAAGAAGUACUGGUUGCUACCCAUUUUUUCAAGUCUAGGUGAUGGCUGCUCCUUUCCAACUUGCCUUGUUAACCAGGAUCCUGAACAACCAUCUACUCCUGCAGGACUGAAUUCAACAUCUAAAAAUCCUGAAAACCAUCAAUUUCCUGCAAAGCCAUUGAGAGAGUCCCAGAGCCACCUUCUUACUGAUUCUCAAUCUUGGACAGAGAGCAGCACAAACCUGGGCAAAGGCAAAGCUGGUAUGAGCAAUCCUGCAUUAAGCAUGGAGAAUGACGCUUAACUCUUCAAACAAAAUAAAUUUGUACUUUAUGAAAGUUUCAAUGCUGUAUAUGGAUGGAAAAGGCUUCUCACAGGAAGGCACCAUUGGCCAGUGGUUCCAUUUACCUUUGGCUGGAUAUGCAGAAUAUGAAUUGAUUAGUUCUCUGCAAGCCGUUGCUUAAAAUAUCACAUUUUUAUUCAAUAUACAGACUGUUUCAACUAAUACAAAUUCCUGUGAAAGAUUAAAAUUAUGGUUUAUGAUAACGGUGAAAAUACCUUCUAUCAUAAAAACUUGAAAUAAAUUCAUGGGCCAGUUUUCACCCAAAUAUUUGGGUAGCACAAUUUAUCACAUAAAAUGCCCAUUACUCAUCUAACUUUCUAAUCAAAACUAUAAGACUAAGAUAUUGAGAUUUAAAAUAUUUCAAAUCACAUUAUAAUGAUAAGCCUUAUUUGUAAAACCUAUUAGUUACCUAUGAGGUGGAGGUAGCAAAUCAGUCGUCUUUUCUCUCUGAUGUGAAUCCAGCCUCAAACUGAGUGAACUUAGUAACUGUGAAUCCAUUACAAAUUGAAGAUCACCAUCCAUUUUUUGCUAGACUUUAAUCUAAUUCUAGCUUUGUUCCCUGCUGGAAAAGAAGAAUGAUCAUUGAAGCUUGAGCUCACUGGUAAGCGAUUGGUUAGAAAAUUUUUCAGAAUGAAUACAUUUCUAUGACAUUGAAAUAUAUUUUUCAUCUUUUAAUCUUUUUAAAUUGGGGAAAAAUCUAUUAACACCAAUAAUGAAGAUUGGUUUAUGAUAUUCUUUGCCAGGUUGGCUUUAAAAAAAAUUUUUUUUUCGUUUUUUUCUUUGAACAUGGCAAAAAUACUGAAUUUCUGUUAAGAAUUCUGUUGGGUCAAUACAUUAAUCUUUCAUUUAUAUCUGUUAUUUCUGUGUCCUCUCAUCAAAAGUAUGAGUUAAACUAUAUAGUUCUUCAAACACCUAAGAUUAAAUUAUGCAAAUCAAACAAAAAAAUCAUAUACUUUUGGAAAUUUAGUUCAAUGUAACUAAAUGGCAUGCUGUUUGGAAAUUGAGUUUCAGAUUAAGUGGCGUGUUUGUCGAUGCCAAAAUGUUAGGCUUCAGUAAAUGUACUAAGAAGCUCUUGUGCCUUGUAUGCACUAUUUUAAAAAAUAUUUUAUUUUACUCUUUUUUAAUUUGAUGGAGUAAGUUUUGUAAAUGUUAGUAAUUAGAAUAAGCUGUGUACAUUUUUUUGGUACUGAUUUUCAGAAUUUAAAAAGCAGAUUUCCUUUUAAGGCUACAAAGCUAAGGAACUGGUAUUUAAUCAGAGAGAAAAUGGUAUUAAACUUUUCAAAUUGUGCAUUAGACAAAAAUUCAACACAAAAUAAGACUAGAAGGCCAGAGGAUAAUGGAGUAAUAGAUCCUUGCAAUUACUUAUACUUGCUGAAAAUAUAAAGUUUUAUAUUAAAUGAGUUAAUAGAACCAAUGUCAGCCCACUCCAUUUUAUAGAUCAUUUGAGUGCAAUUAUUUCAACAAUAAUAGGAUGGCAGUCUUUUUCGGACUUUUUAUUUAAAGCUAAAGAUUUUGAUCUGACAAUCUGCUUCAAGAAAUUUCAGAAGAUACAUUAUUUUAUCUUAAAGCAUUUUUUGGGUCAUUUUUCAUUACCUGAAGUGCCGGGUUGGAACCUGUAGCUCCUGCUAGAUAGAAGUCUUAAGGGCAACAGAAUCACGUGAUGUAGUAAGAAGAAUAUGCACCAGAUAUUUUUCAAAGCACAGUACUAUAGCUGUUUUUAUGAAACAGGAUUGUUAGCUAUUCCCUCUUGUCAACUAGAAGGUAGGGGGGAAAAAGAGAGAUUUUUAUUCUUUAACUUGCUAAAGUACUGUUAACCUUUCCCCCCUGUAGGUCUUUCAUGUAAUUAUUCAAAUGCGUAAGUCAGUACACAUUAGAAUCAGACUUGAAAACAUUUUUAAAAAUAAAUUUUAUUCUUUAAGUUAUAAUGGUUCCCUUUUUGUUUCAUAUGGUGAAUAUUCUUUAAAGGGUAUUUUGUUUACUUUUGUUUUUAAUUCUAGGGGGUUAUAAUUUUUAGAGAUGGUGGCGUCUCUCUUUACAUAUACAGUAUUUUACUUGCGUGAAUAAAGCAUCAAAUAGAUCUGCAUUUUGUACAUAUUUAUAAAAUGUACCUUAAAACAUUUUACUUUAAAAAUUUAAUUGCUUAACUCAAACUUGAAGACAUAUUUUACUUCAACUGUCCCAAUAGUCCACUGAAUUGGUAAUUUUGAUUUUUCCUGUUUUCAGAGAUUCUACCAUAUCGGUUAUCAAUAUUUAAGAAUUUUUUAAUUUAAAAUAUUAUAUAGAUGCUUCAUAUACAUUUGUUAACUAUUUGCCUUUGUUCAGUGAAAGAGGGUUUGUUUUUUUCAAAGGUAAAGUGCAAAUAAAUACAGUGAGAUAUUCAAGGAAGUGCUUAUCUACGAACUCCCGUUAUACCAUAAUAAAGUCUGGUUGAUCACCUUUAUUAGUUGUCUAUAUGAAGUUGCCUUUGCACAUACAAUCUAAAUUGCUUUACAGAUACACUUUUCCUAAUAGUCUACCAGAGCUGCUACCGGCAAAAUUCAUGUCUACAACCUGGUCAUAAAUCUUUUGAGAAGAGGUGGAUGACAGGAAGAGGUAAUUACUCAUUAGUAAGUGAUUCUGAGUACAAUUGGAAAUAGACUAUAAAACUCAAGUAGUACCUUGUAAUCAAAGACAAGUAUAAGAAAUAUGUCAUAUGUUUGACAAAACUACCUUCAUUAGGGAAAUCAAAUAUAAAGGAUUCAUAAACCAUGGUCAUAAAAAUUAAGCUAGUAAUGAUGUGAUUCAUGCUGAAGAAAACCUGUGAAAAAGGUGUUACUCCAUUAUGUCAUAAACUAGCAAAUUUUCCCUAUUUUGAAAUACAUGUAAACUUGCUGGGCUGAUGCUGGUUAUACAGCCUACUUUAGUAUCCACAUCACAUUAUCAGAUAUUUGCUUCUAAAAGUGAUAGUUCUAAUACUGUUAUAAAUUUUAAAAACCCACAUAUACACCAACCACAUAAAUGGUAAAUGUAGCAAACCCACUUACACUAUAAACCAUAAUGAAGGUAUCCUCUUGUACAAUCAUCCCACCUACCCCACAGACUACAAAUUCUAUUCUGCUAAGUUUGUUCAGACACAUAUUUGGACAAUGGAUUUCCACAAAUAACACGUUUCUAGGUAAGAUCCUUCUGCAGAAAACUAAGUAAAAAACUACUUGGCUUAAACCCAAGUCUUUUAGCAGCCUACACUCCUUUUCCACAUAAUUAGCCAAUUGAGAAGAUAUUCCUUUUUACGUGUGGAAGCCAACCGCAUUACUCAUACAUAGAUACCACUCGAAUUUUUAGACCUCACGUUGGUAAAAAUUCAUAGUUCUAACUUGCAUUGAAAUUUUAGCAUUUCGAUCAUGUCACUUAUUAAAAGCAUUAAGCACAUGCCAACAUUAAAGUCUGAUUUUAAAAUUGAGCAAUCUGUCCCCCCCACUAGAUCUCCUUUAAAAUUACUGAAGAAUCUUGUUACAGAACACAGGAAAUUGUUAUAUUUUAAAAUGGUCCAAUUGUGCACUUUCCUUUUCUCUGCCAUGUUAUUCUUUUAGAGAUUUGUUAUCAAGUUGACAUCAAUGAAGGGAUGAAUUCAAGUAGGCUUAUUUCAAAGGAACUGUGGAUCAAAAACUAUGAAGUAUCUUCCAGCGUUAACAGGAGGCUCUGAAAUGGGGUAUCUUUUUAAUCCUCAAAAGAGGAUGUAAGUAAAGAGGAUGCUCUAUCAUAAUGCAGUUGAGAUUCCUAAGAGCUCAAUCUGACCCUUUGUUAUACCAGUAAAAAGUUCAAAUAUGAUAAUCUGGGCAAUGUCAAUAGCCUUUAAAUCACUUGCAGCCCUUUCUCACUCUAGGCAAGUUACAGCAAAAACAAAACUGGUGACGAUGCCCAAACAUAGAUCUUUGGUGUUCAUUGCCAGUGUUCAGCUGGAGAGGGGCAAUAUGUUAUUACUCAUCUUUUGAGAUGACUUAUUUAUGAGUACCAAUUAAACCCAAAGGGGCCUCUGGAUAGGAGACUUGAAGCUCUGGUUUAUGCUACAUAAUGGAGUUCAUUGCUCCUAAGGGACAGUACUACUUUUUGAUUUAUGUUGCACCUUCCAGGGAAGGUUUAACAGUGUAAGGGGCGCAAUUCUGACAUGAAUACUGUUUGUUCACUACAGGUACUUAAUCAAAUUGAGAGAAAAACAAUGCUCCAAAGUAGAAUUCUGUUGAUGCUGAAUUAAAAAACCAUGGAAAGCUUCAGUUCUUGUUUUUUAUUCAACUAUGAAGACUAUUGUCAGUUUAGAUUUCAUCUUUUCCUGUCAGUAUUAUAGUCCUCUAAAACCUAUUAGAAGAAUCUAUCUGAGCUAAUCAUCUGUUGUGUGAAAGCUGAAUAUUAAACAAAGAAACCAUAAGUAUAUACUAAUCUUAGUGUAACAUACAAACAUGUUUUAAAGUUCUUUAAAAACUAUACUUAGGUAAGUACGUGACACGAAUGAAUCCCUGAACAGCUAUAAAUCAAUGGAAAGUCUGUAUAUAUAAAGUAUGGUUUUGUUUCCUUUCUACAUGAUCUUUGGAGUAAUGUAAGACAUGAGAUAACAAUGAACAAUGUUGAAGAAAACAAAGGUGUAUGACACAAUUGAAGAGUCCCUGCCAAACCAAAACACCUUUCGUUUUCACAAAUUUUAAAUUUGACCAACUGAACCUUUUUCUGAUCCAUGCGUAUUUUUACCCCUAUCAGUUGUAUACCUUAGUAGCGUCCACUUCAGAUUUUAGUGACUUGCUGGCUUCUCAAAUUCUUUGAAAAUGUUCUCACCUGUAGUUAUUCCAGAGAUUAUUAAUAGAAACAAAUUCUUCAGUCACUUCACUUAGCAUUAAUUUCUUAACAGCUAGAGAGUACUGACUCAUUAAGAGCCAAAGAAAAAUACUCAAAAUCAUUUGUCUUGUUUUAUAAUUAUGUGAUUUUAUGCCUAAUGUCCUCACUCUUUGAGGAACUGUUCUCAUCAAAGUCUUAAGUUUAUUUUUCUCUAGACACAUUUCUUUGGGCUACUGCAUUCAAAAAAUAUGAUGUAACACCAUCAGUAAAUGGCUUUGCUGGCUAACAAAUGGGCCACUUGUAACUGUACUUUGAUUACAGCCACAUUUUCACUUUUUAUUUUUGUGUAGUAAUUAUGCUGUGGUGAGCUAUUCUAUUUUAAAAUUUCUAAUUCUCCUGACUGUUGCUUUCCCGUAAGUUGGGAAUAUUGUGAGGAGUCCUUAGUCAACAUAUAGUGUAUAUUUUUAGCACAGUUAUAGUAUCAUUGCAUGAUAAACAAUCUUGUACCAUAUAAUUUGGUAUGAUAAUCCGUAUCAAAUCCUCUUCAAUGUGCCUUAAAAGAAAACCAUUCAAAGUGUACUUUUUUUUGACACAAUGGGUAUAAAUUGGUAACAGAAAGCAUAAAAAAAUAUAAUGGUACAGAGACAGUAGUCCAAAUAGGCAGUUUCUGUAGCAGCUACUCAAUUUCCCCACUGUAAGUGCAAAAACAGUCACAGACAGUACAUAAAUAAUGAGUGUGGCUGCAUUCCAGCAAAACUUUAUUUAUGAACACUAAAAUCUGAAUUUCAUAUAAUCACAUGUCAGGAAAUAUUAUUUUCCCCAACCAUUUUAAAACUGUAAAAACCAUUCUCAUCUUACUGGCCAUUCAAAAAUAGGCAGCAGGCUGGUUUUGGCCUGCAGGCCAUAGUGUGCUGACCCAUGCUCUAGUAGAUUUAACAGAAUAUGGCGAGGCCAGAUUUAAUGGCUCAGGAACACUAAAAAUUUAUCAGCCAAAUAUCUCUUAUCCAAAAGCUAGACUUAACAAAGGUCAUAGUGUCCCUCUUAUAGACGUUAUAAAAUACUGUAUUACUUUUUAGAGACAGAAACCAAAAUUGAUACAAACUAUGCAAUCUAAUAGGCAGUCCUUAUAUAAUUCCUCCCCCCCACCCCCAGGUGAAGAUCAAAAUAAAAAGAAACCAAUGAGAUACCUGCUAUAUUGUGUCAGCUUUAAAAAGAAGCCACAGUAAGUUCUAUCAAAUGCAUUCAUGGAAAGGAGACAGAAAUUAAUUCUUAAUGUCUAGCUGAGGUAUUGAUAAUGAAUCUGUUGAAAUGCAGAAGGCUCAAAUUGAUUUCUCAAUUAAGGGACUAAUAAUUGGCCAUGGUUAAUGAAGUUACUGAGUUCUGUUCAUCUGCUCCCAAAAAAA